AUGACGGCCCUGCAUGAGGCUGCUGCCAUUGGUGAUACCCAGGCCCUUGAGUAUCUGCUACUGAGUGGUGAGGAAAAUCCAGACGGAGAGGAUUGGGACUGGGGAAAGAGAACGCCUUUGCACGUGGCAGCUGGGGCGGGGCACGUUGGUUGCGUUGAGAAGCUUCUGGAACAUGGAGCAGAUGGUGAGAUGCGCAUGGCAGGAGGAUGGACACCAGCUCAUUGUGCCGCUGAAUGUGGUAGUUUGGAAAUACUGCAGGCGCUUGUGGCCAGUGGAGUUAGCGUGACGAAAAAUGAUAACACUGGAGACACACCCAAACGAGUGGCUAUGAUUUAUGGACACAAGCAUUGCAUGGAUUUCAUUGAAAGGUUCUAA